AUGGGUUGUGCUCCAACCAAACCAUUCAUGGAUUCAUCUCAUCCAGUUGGUCUUGAGAAAUUGAAAAUGGAGAAUGGGUAUGUCAGAAAGUCGUCGUCUUCUUCUUCCAGUGGUGGCCGGAGUAAUCGGAAAGAAGGGAAGAAGACGGUGGAGGGUGAGGGUGGUGGUCGACCUUCGGUGUCCCAUGAUCUGGUGGAUGGCUGGCCUAAAUGGCUCACUGAUAAUGUUCCUAAAGAUGCUCUUGAUGGUUUGCUUCCAAAGAGUGCAGAUGCUUAUGAUAAGCUUGAUAAGGUCGGAUCGGGGACUUACAGCAAUGUAUACAAGGCACGAGAUCGCAAAACCAAGAAAAUUGUAGCUCUCAAGAAAGUCCGUUUCGAUACUUCGGAACCCGAAAGCAUAAAAUUUAUGGCACGAGAGAUCAUGAUGUUGCGAAAGUUGGAUCAUCCCAACAUCGUGAAACUCCAAGGUUUAGCAACGUCGCGAAUGCAAUACAGUCUGUAUCUAGUAUUCGACUAUAUGCAAACCGAUUUAUCUAGGAUAAUUUCUCGGCCUGAUGAAAGGCUAACUGAGCCGCAGGUGAAAUUUUACAUGCAACAACUGCUUUCGGGGCUUCAACACUGUCACGAAAGAGGGAUUUUGCAUAGAGAUAUCAAGGGAUCGAAUUUACUGAUCGAUAAAAACGGGAUGCUAAAGAUAGCUGAUUUCGGACUUGCGAAUUACUAUAAUCCCAACAAACCAGUCGCCCUCACAAACCGUGUGGUCACACUUUGGUAUCGAUCCCCCGAGCUCCUCUUAGGUGCAACUCGAUACGGUCCAGGUAUCGAUCUUUGGAGCGCUGGCUGCCUCUUGGCCGAAAUGUUUGCUGGAAGGCCCAUUAUGCCCGGGAGGACCGAGGUCGAGCAACUUCAUAAGAUUUUCAAGCUUUGCGGGACACCAUCGGAAGAUUAUUGGAAGAAACUCAAGUUGUCAACGACGUUUAGACCGCCACAUUCAUACAAACCGAAUCUUCAAGAAGCUUUUAGAGACUACCCGAGAUCGGCAUUGGGACUUUUAACCGUACUUCUCGCUCUAGAUCCUGCUUAUCGGGGUUCCGCUGCUUCUGCUCUCCAGAAGGAGUUCUUCCACACGAGCCCGUGGGCGUGUGAUCUUACUGGUUUGCCCGUGAUUCAAGUCGACGACGAUGAUUUGGAUCAAACAAGCGAGCGAAAGAAGCCCAGAAAGCCGAGGACACGACAAAGGUCUAGAAUGCCAAGAGAGCAACGACGAAAGGAUCAAACUACAGAAAAUCCGGAUGUAGCUUCGGUUUCUCCAAAAGAGGAGGCUGAAACGAAACCAGAGGUCGAUAGGAAAAGUGAAGAGCUUGUGACGACGAAAACAAGCUCAUCGUCUUCGCCUGGCACAGGGCCAAGGCCGACCUUAGAAAUCCCGGCUCCUUUACCCUCUCCCGAGAACUUAUACCAACGCUACCAAAGGCAAAUGAGUGAAUCUCAUCCUAACGCGAGAAUGAACAUCAAAAAUAGACCCCCGUUACCUGGUGCAAAAAGAAUAUCGAGCAAGUAUGGUGGUAUGGUCGAUGAGGCUCAGACCCAUCUUCCGAGGUCCUCUUCCACGAGGGAGUUUCGGAAGAUAGAUCAGAGAAAACUCGACGAUUAG